AUGUCUUCAAUAGUUAAAACACAUUCUCCAUUAAGUGGAAAACAAUCACAACAAGGCUAUUAUCAGUUACCAGUGCCAGCACAACAUGCAAAUUUAGGCAAAUUAGAACAUAUAUUUCAGUCAAUUAAAAGACAAAUCGAACAGUGGGGUGAAAAUGCUAAAUGGAAGAUUGAUCUGGUUUUAUUGGAUAAUAAUAAUAAUCAUCAUCAUGUACAUCCUUUAUUAUCUCCGCAACAGUUACAUCCUAAUGCAAUCACGACUCCAUAUAACGAUAAGGGAGGGCAUUCUUACUUGCCAAUCACUUCUACAAUUCAAUAUCCAUGGGAUUAUAUAGCACCUACAACAGCAAAUAAUAAAUGGAAACAUGAAGAAGAAGAUAUUGAUGAAUUACAGCAAAAGUUACGUGAAUCUUUGGAACGUCAAAAAUAUCUUGAAAAGAUCAUUUGGUCGCAAGCAGAACAAAUUAAACGUACUUCUAUUAUUUCUGAUAAGGAAAAUGCUAUUAAUACAAUGAAGAAUAUAUUUUUAAUGACUCAAAAUGAACAAAAAACUCAUCAUUUGUUAGAAUCAAAUCUCCUCAACAAAGAUAUAGAAAUACUUGUCAAAAAAUUAAAAAAAAUGGCAUCUACAUUAGAUAAAAUUGAACAUAUGUCUACAUCAAAUCUAGACGAUAAGGAAUCUCUCUUUAAAGAUCGUACUUUAUUAAUGCGUAAACUUCAUUUAGCUGAAUUAAGAUUAUCAGCUCGGGAUGCUGAGAUCGAAUACUUGCAUGAAAUUAUUGAUACCUUGAAUGCAAAUGUGCAAGAAUCGAAUACUCAUCUUAAGAAAAAGAAAUACCUAUUUCAGCAACAAUAUUCACCUGAUUAUAGGUUAUCAGGUUUAGAAAGUUUAGGCAUCGUAGCUGACCAAAUGUUGAAUCAUGAAAUUGGUAAACGUCCUUUAACAAUAGAGGAUGACUCGGCGGAUGAGAUUGCAUCCAUUACCUCUACUACCACUACCAACACGAACACUUCUUCACCCGAUCUACAGAGGUCCUAUGAAAAUAUUCCAAAAAAGCCUCGCUCAACUUACACAAGAUGGACUGAAGAAGAAGAUAGACUAUUAAGAAGAGCUGUUCAAAAAUACGGUCAUAGUAACUGGGAAGCCUGUUCAAAAGAAAUUAAAGGACGUAGUAAUAUACAAUGUCGUAAUCGAUGGAUAAGACAUCUUGAACAUAAACCCGUUCCUAUUGAAGAACAUGGCUUAGAAUUAAAUAAUCAUAAUACUUGUAAAGAUGCACGUCAAUCACCUUCUAUUGCUGCAUUAUUAAAUACAACAAAUCAAGAUUAUCUUCAUCCAAAUCAAGGUACUUAUCGACCUCCUUCUCCUAUGCCUACACCAAAGAAGCAUAGAGAAAUACAGUGA